GGUAACCUGGGAGAGAAACAAUCACGAAGCUCUACGUAAAUGUAAUAUUUAAACGAUAAAUACAGUAGAAAGAUCCUCGAAGACAGGCUCUCAAAUGCGUUGCUCUCGUAGCGGAAGCUGCGGUGACAACUGACAGUUUUGUGUUGGUGGUGGAGCUGCAGGUCAGAGGAAUGAAGACAGAGGAACAGUCCGGCCGGAACCCUGAGCAGCAGCCUGCGAAGAGAUGCCCCCCCACCACCAGCAUGCCGGAGGGCUGGACAAAGGUGGUCAAACAGAGGAAAACGGGAAAGACGGCAGGAAAGCUGGACGUUUACAUUAAAAGUCCCCAGGGACGAACUUUCAGGUCAAAGGCGGCACUCCAAGUCUUCCUUCAAAGCAACGAAGAUUUGGGCGUUCGGGUCGAAGACUUUGACUUCACUGCAGCAGGAAGCCACGCAAUGGUGUCCCAGCCUGAGAGGAAAGCGAGGCGUCUGAUGUGUUUAACAGACGCAGAUGUGACAGCUGCUCGAACUUUACCAACCUCCGUCAAGGAAGAGCAGGAAGCAGCUGGCAUUGCCAUCCUUCCUCCGGCGACCUCCAAGACCACGAGGCCAAAGUCAAGAGCCGGAACAAGAGGCAAAGCACAGAGCAACCCGUUGCUCGUAAAGCAGGAGCUGUCCGACCACGGUCUUGAGAGGGUGGGAGAGCCCAGCGGAGCUGACAGCACAGGCAGGAAAGAGGAGUGUCUUAGUGUGACCCCAGAGGUCAGGGAGGUCACCAUCCUGCCAGCAGAUAUCCCUGCCAAAGGCUUCCAGAAGACAGUGCUCUUGAGGGACAAGCUGCUUAGUAAGAUCAAGUUGGAAGGCAGUCCACAUACCGAUGCUCAGAAGGAUCAGUCAAAACUGGUUUCUCCCAAAGGACUUCCUGCUUCAAGUAUUGGAGAGCCUGCAAGCACGAGUCAUGAUACAGAUGCAGCCAUUGUGUCUCCAUCAGGACUACGAGAAGGCCUGUUGCCAGCCUCUCAGAGCCUCGGGGGGAGUUUGUCACCAAGGAACCAGCCGCAGAGCAGCCCUAGACCAAAAGCUGAAAUGGAGAGAAAGAAAAUAAGCCCUUACUUCAGCGGGAAGUCCAUGAAAGAGGCUCCCAGCCCCCCAAGGCGCAAGGCCUUUAAGAAGUGGACGCCACCUCGAUCACCCUUCUGUCUAGUUCAGGAGACCCUCUUCCAUGACCCCUGGAAGCUGCUGGUUGCUACCAUUUUUCUCAAUAAGACCAAUGGUAAGAUGGCCAUCCCAGUUCUUUGGCAGUUUUUUGAACGCUACCCCACACCUGAAGUUACCCGUGAGAGCGACUGGUUGCCCCUGGCUGAACUGCUCAGACCCCUGGGCUUGCAUGAGCUGAGAGCCAAAAGCAUCAUCAGAUUUUCUGACGAAUACCUGACCAAGCAGUGGCGCUACCCUAUCGAGCUCCACGGCAUUGGGAAGUACGGCAAUGACUCGUACAGAAUUUUCUGUGUGGAGGAAUGGAAGCAGGUAAAGCCUAAGGAUCACAAGUUAAAUAAGUACCAUGCUUGGCUAUGGCAGAAUCAUGAGAAACUGGGGAUUUAAGGCAAGACAGCACUGUUUGUCGAGAGCCAUCCAGACAUUGAAUUUUGAACUGGUAGACAAAAAAAACUACCAUCAUGUUUUAUCAAUGAAAUAAAACAUUCCUUAGUAACAAAGCAAAGUUACAAUUUGAAUAAUGCUGUUUGUAAAUGUGAUCAUGUUUCAAGUGUAUUUUAGUUUGUGGAAAAAAUUCAAAUUGUUUUACCGUUUUAACUUUUUAUAUUCUUGUUAAAUAAAUGAAUGAAAAAAACUAGAUUGAAUCCUGUGCAAAACUA